AUGGCGCAGAACAUCUACGACAGUGAGAAUUUCUUCAAGAACUACAUCCAGCUUCCUCGCCAAGUCAAGGGUCUUGCGGGCACACCCGAGUGGUCCGCUUUGAAAUCUCUACUUCCCGAUCCUAAAGGCACCCAGUUUCUCGACCUAGGCUGUGGCUUUGGCUGGGUUUGUAGAUGGUCUAGAGAGAAUGGCUCGGUCGCAGCUCAUGGGGUCGAUGUGUCAGAGAAGAUGCUCUGCAAAGCAAGAAGUUUUCCUACAGACUCAGCUAUAACGUAUACUCGUGCGGAUCUCGAGACCUUCGAACUACCUCCAAACACUUACGAUAUUGCGUUCAGUUCAUUGAGCUUUCAUUACCUCAAGAAUCUACCAAGUCUGAUACAGCAAAUAUAUAAGACGUUGACACCUGGAGGUGCUCUUGUGUUUUCUGUCGAGCAUCCGGUCUAUACAGCCCCUCAAGAUCCGAAGGUCGUUCCAGGUUCUGAGUAUCAAACUAUCUGGUCUCUGGCGAGUUAUCUGGACGAAGGGCCUCGAAUAUCAAACUGGCUCGCAGACGGAGUUGUGAAGCAGCAUCGGACAAUCUCGACCUAUGCCACUAUUCUUCUCGAAGCGGGUUUUGCACUUGCUGCUCUUGAAGAAUGGGGACCGACUCAGGAACAGAUAAAAGCAUCACCUCAUACGGCCUUUUCGUUUCUUCUUUUAAAAGCAGUGAAGGCCAAGUAA